AGCGAAGUCUUGUCAGUCUCGUGUCCAGUCCUCGUUGAAGUUUCAACAAUUUCAUUGAAGCAUAUUGAACCCGAGCCAGAUAAAACAAUUUCUCACAUUGAGAGAUAUUAAAAGCUGUCACUUCCGCAAUACAUGAGUCAAUAAAAAAAUCCGAGGUAAAAUAAUGGAACGGAUAUUGGGCUGUCUCGAAGAUGGAACAUCGCAGUCUUUCGAAGUUUGAAGCCAUGACGUUUUGCCCCAUGUCUACUUCUAAGCCUCAUCACACGGCCCAGACUUUCCACGCGACCUGGUGAGGGCGCGCUAUCGUGUUCCUAUUCCAUCCACCGCACGACCCCGUGGUGCAAGUCAAAUGCGAAGAGCGUGUAGCCUGUUACCGCCAGUUCUUUACCCCCAUUAUAACCAAAGAGACGUGUAUUUGUUUUUCUUUUGUACACAUGUAAUGUACCCACAAAUCUCUUAACUAUGCAAUAUCAAAGCAAAACUCAUUUAAUUCUCCCAUUCACUCUCGUGUGCUUUAUCUAUUCAUUUUCCUCUGGUUUUACAAACAAACCUACGCUAUUAGUUUGCGAAAAGAAUCGUAUAGACUGGAGGGAUGUUUUUUUUGUUCGUCAGGUGUACUGUGAAAAAAGAAUGACUACCGCAAGUAGAUAAAGUGAAUAGUAGUGAACAGUGUUCGUUCAUAUUGUAGUAUCGAAUUCUGUGCAUUUCCCAGGUGAUUAGUCACGCUCACUUUUAGGGAUGCAGUGUAUGGACUGAGAAAAAAAUAUAAUUUUGCCAAUCUUGUUUUUUUGGACAAAUCAAUGCCCAGAAUUUCCAUCCCUUCAAAUAAAAGUUGUCCCGGACUGAUUUUCGUUUUUAUACGAAAAAAUAUUCAAUUGGCAAAAUUAUAUUUUUCUCUCAAUGUGAUCUAUCGUCUGGCUACUCUUCAGUUGAAUCCAUUCGGAUGGAAUAACUGUUACCCUUUGGACAUCAUCGAUUUCCCAUGUCUACCGACUACAUUCGAUCAACUGUUGAAAAUAAUCCAUGUGACAUCAUGCUGAUAGACGUAUCGUACAUAUGAGUUCGAUAUUUUUGCGAUACGUUUAACUCACACUUAUCAAUGUACAAAGACAAACAGGCUUUGUGUUUGUUCAAGAGCGAAAAAACCAGUACGAAUUCUGAAUACAGAGUCUUUUCAAGUAAUGGAGACUUAAGAAUAUACGACAGAAAGUAUCUGCACUUUAAAUAAAAGCAAAAAAGGAGAACAGAUAAGAGGAUAAAUAACACAAAACUCACUCUAGGGUUCACAAACGGAUCUCCGAUGCUCAGUAUUAUGUGCUUCGGUACCUACUCCCUAUCUUUCUCGGUCUCAAGCUGCUUUUACACCAAGAAUAGCAUCGCGGACAUACCGGCGCGCAAACAGUAUAGUCUGGGGAGUCUCCCCACUACCUGGAGACGUAGGAACUACUUGUUGAUUGUUCAGGAGCGUAUUGCCAAGCUUUUACCCGGAGAAAACUUCAGGGAGAAGUUUAGGGGAUGUCUUGGGAAAGAGCAGUGAAUGACCUUUUCGUUGGAAUUUUCAAUGGAUUUUGGCGGUUUACACGAAUAAUUUUAAGGAAAAAUCGAUGAUUUUUUUGGAAAUUGUAAAGAUUCCAAAAAUUCUGCUGCAAUGAGAGAAGGGAUUCCUAAAAUUCUGCCAGAAAGAGGGAGAAUUUAUGAUUUGAAGUGGGUAAAUAAAAAACUUCGACUGAGGAUGUCUCGUUAAAAAAUCGGGUAAUUUAUAAAUUAAAUAUUUUGUUUUGUUCUAUGGGACGAGAUUUAGUUGUGAUGAUGGCUAAAUUAUAGAAAUAUAUUUUUGAAGGUAAGUUAACUGGAGUAUUAACUUGAGAAAUAUUUGAAAAAAAAAACAUGAUCAGGAUUACAUUUUUGCGCAACAAAAUUCUGACUUUUUCAAUUUCUUUCUCCUCCUCGUCUCCCCGAUUUUAUCCGCUGUUAAAAAAUUGAGCUUCGUCCAGUUGUAUCAUGAGUCUGAGUAUAAAAAUGAAAAUACGAUGCGUUACAUUUUGAGAUUUUUAUGAGCUUUGUUUCAUAUUUCACGGUUUUCAGGUAAAUUGUUUAGUUUGUGACAUAAGCCGUAUUUAUUUAUGGACGAAAAAAAUACCAGCAGAACAUCAAAGCAGAGGAUUGAUCACAAAUGGAGAAUGAAUGAAACAUUACAGUGCAAUGACAACUCUGUGUGAUAAUUCUCUCUUCUUCAUAAUUCUACGUUGUGGUACAUUACCACAAUACAGAUAUUUUCAAUGGGAAUAAAUUUAACAGAGGACUUCUGUUAGCUGACUCAUGAUAUUCCAGUACGAAAAAUUCUAUGAUAAAUGUUUACGUUAGGUCUUAUGUGAUUUAUAUUUUUUCAUUUUCAGUAAUUAGUUUGAAUAAUUAAUAGGAAAUAGAGUAGCCGUUAUGCUGAAUUCACCUAUUUAAAAAUUUCAACAGUACACAAAGAAAAUUAAUCGUCAAAUCCGAAAUUUAACACGUAAUUGACACGAUUUUUAAACUUGUAAAUUAUGAUUUUGAAAAGGUAAAUUACGAUUUCGAAAAAUGUAACUUAAGAGGUCGGAUCUCGCGAAUUAUGUUUUUUUGGAACGUAUAAUACGAGGUUCACCAUCGUGAUUUAGACUUCUUACCCCGUCAUUUACGAGAUCUCAAUCCCGUAAAAUCCUUGAUCGAUGAAAUCAUAAAUGCAAUUGAAAAAAAAAAAGAUUUUUAUUGAUAUAAAAUCUUUACGUUUCAGAUGAUUCUGAAUCAUCUAGGUCCAAUUUUCGGCGACAUUUUUUCUAAAAGUUUCAAGACAAUAUCGAAAAUGUUGCGAAAGACGGUUAUUAAACCAAUAAAAUAUUUCCAAAUUUCAAAUUGCGCAAAUUUUCAAUUAGCGAUCUGCAACUGCAAAGAUUCAGAGUAAUUUGACACUUGCACAUUUUUUACUGGUUUAAUAGGAGUCUUUCGCAAUAUUUUCGAAAUUGCCUACUUGAAUGUUUUUUGAAAAAAUGUCUCGUAAAGUUGAAGCCAGAAGAUUCAGAAUGUUCUGAAACAUCAAGAUUUCAUAUUGGCAAAAAAAGUUUUUUUUCCAUCCCAUUUACGAUUUCAUCAAUUAAGGAUUUUAUGUGAUUGAGAUCCCGUAAAUGACGGGGAAGAAGCGCAAAUCACGAGGUUGGACCUCGUAAUUUACGUUCCAAAAAAUGGAAUAUAGGUCAGAUGUGGUAAUUUACAUUUCCAAAAUCGUAAUUUACGUUUUUUUGAAACGUAACUCACGUUUUCAAAAUCGUAAUUUGCGUAUCUAAAAAUCACGUAAGUUACGUUUUAAAUCUCGUAUUUCACAAUUAGUUUGUUCUAUGUGAGGGUGAUUUUUGUCGAAUAAUUAACGACAAAAUCUCUCGAAAAAAUAUCAAUAACUAAUUAGAAGGUUCAAUCGUGACGUUUGGACCCAGUAGAAAUUCAUUCUCCCGUCGUGGGCCACGUGAGCCUCUUGACAUUUGACUCUCGCGAAAUUUAAUUUUUUCCCUGUAGCCCUUGUGAGCGUUGUGACGUUUGAUCGGCAUGAACUGUGAUUUUCCUUCUUUUGAUGUCGAGUCCAUGAGCCGCUGGACGUUAAUUAUUCAAUCACUCAUAAUUGUAAAAAUUGUUGCAAAAACCCUGGUAUCCUGGUCAGUACUUGACGAGGCUCACAAGGUUCACAAUGGAAAGAUUGAAUUUUACGAGAAUCAAACAUGACAGGACUUAUAAGGGCUGAAAGCGAAACCUUAAAUUUCACGAUUCACGAUUUCACGAUUUCACGAUUAAGUCACAAGACUCAUUGGGGCCAUGAGGGGAAUGACAUUUCACUAGGGUCAAAUGUCUCGUUGAACCCUUCAAGUAGAUAUUCCAACAUAACGAUUUAAAAUUUGAUAGAUCUGUAGCCCUUAUCAUUAGUUAUUUCAUAUUCUUUUGCGAGAUUUGCUUUAAUUUUGUCACCAAUUGCUAUUCCAAAAAUUUGAAUCAUCCGUUUAGGUCGAGGAAUGGUCCCUGAAUUCAGUCGAUGUUGAAAUAUGUCGAUAUCUUACCACGAAAAUGAUACUCAGCAAAUUACCUGUGGAGUUUUCGUUUCAGGUUGUUUCAGAGAUGGCAUGACUUGUACCGAAAAUGGAUAUGACACAUUGGACCACUGUUUACUUCAUAAAUAAAAAAAUAUGCUGUUAAUCCUCAUUCGUUUUUUGUUUGUGGAUAGUUUGGAUAAUUGUUUCAAGAUGUAGGGCUGAUGUGACUGAUUCAAUUUAUUAUUAAUUAAUCAAGUUAGUGUACGUACCACCAACAAAUCGGUAAGAACAUUUUUAAAAAGCUUAACAGUUCCUAAAUGAUUGGUAGAGGUGAUGAUGGAAGACCAAAUCAUUUGGGGAAGAAUGAAAUGUCGAGAAGUAAUCGAUAUCGAUAGGCUUGUAGGUAUGUGGUAUUCCAACGAAUAUAAAAUAGCCCUCAUCUCUGAUAAAUGUUUGAAAUGAUAUUAUUUAAUUUGAGGGUGAGUUAAAAAAGUACCAAGUUCAAUGGUUUUGAUACACAAUCACAAUAAUGAUUAAUAUAAAUUAUAUGUCAGCAAAGCAAUAAUGAGUAAUUUGCUGAAUUUCUUGCAAUGAACAGUGUAAUUUGGAAUUUGGAAUGAAAAUAUCAAUGUGAACUGAUAUUUUCAAUCCAAUCAAUGUGAAUUGAUAUUUUCAUUCCAACUUGGGUUGGUUUAAACACGUUUUGAACGUUCGAGAGAUUUUUGAGACACAGAAAAAGAACGUGAAGAGGGAACGAGAAGCACUUGACAACAAAAUGAAAAUUGGGAAAACUCUAACUGCCGAGAAAAUCAAGGACAAGUUUCUACGUGAAUGUUAAACCAGAAUUGAGUUCGAAUAGCCAAAUGAAAGUUAUUCCUAAGUGAAUGAAAGCAGUGAAAGCCGAAUCAUACACCCAAAAGAUCAGCUCUAAUUGCGAAAGGAGAAGUACAUGGUCCAUCAUUUAAUAAUCAUGUGAACAUCCCGAAGGAACUGGAAUUUAACUGGGAGUAGACACUCUCAAAUUUUGGUUUUUAAAAUUUUCAUUCCCCCAUCAUUUAACAUGUUAAUAUUUUAUAACAAACCAGGACAAUACCAUAACACUUUUAGAGAUAUUUUUAAAGUGUAAUAGCACUGAUUUUUCUGUGAUAUUUUCAUUCUAUAAAAAGAUAGUCUUUGAUGAUUCUAGUCUUCAUUAAUUUAAAUGAUGCUAUUUCGUGGUGAGCGUCACUUGUCACAGAUUUCCGUUCCUAAAUUCACAAUAAUUUCUAGUGACGAUGUGAUCAUGUCCCUUAAAUUUAUAGUAUUCCAAAUAAUUGUUAAUUGAAGAAUAAAUUUUGAAUAAUGUCAUUCCGAAAAUUGAUUUACAUUUAUUUAUUCACGUUUUGUCCUCCACCAGGAUAAAUCAGGAAUGAACGAUUCAAGUUUAUUCGUAUAUUUUUAAGAAUUAAGCCCCACGCAAUCAAAAAUGGCGUUUUGUUACAAGCAAAAGCCUCAAAAUUAUUGUGCGAUGGAUGCUGUCAACAAGAGCCAUGGUCUUCGUACGGAUCUGGAGGAGACAGUCAGUCAAAUGGAAAAGCGCCAUGGUGAAUUGACGAAUCGUCGUCGUUAUUUAGCAGAAAAGAUCAUGACUUUGGAGAAAGCAAUGCCUCUUCUUGUCGCUAAUAAAUUUUGGAAGUGUGGACAAAGGGAUAAUACUCCUUGUAAGAAGAUACAGGAAUUUGUUGAUCAGCUAUCGCCAUAUCCUUACCCAAAUUUUACUGACAAACUUCUAAAAGAGACGAAUGGAAAAUCGCAACGACUAGAUGAAGAAACGAAGCAAUUGCAUGAUAAAAUUAUAGAAAUCGAUAUAAAAAUAGAAGAGACCGGAAUGGAAUUGGAAUCAUUACUUCUCAUCAACAAUGAAUUGGAUCAAAAAAUCAAGUUCUCUGAGAGUAAAGCAGUGGAAAGAGAACAGCUAGCGAGUGCAUUUCCUGAUUUACAUGAAAUUGAUCCUGAAGAUGUCGCGUGUCUUGGUCGAAUUCGGCAACUGGUACAGCAAGAGAUACGAUUGAAAAAUUGUAUAAGUUCACUUGAGGAUCGAGAGACUCGUAUGCAAAACCAACUAAAUCGUUUGCUAGUCGCCAAAGAAGGAUCCAAGCAAUGCCUGAGCAAAUGUUCAGAAAAUUCAAGACGACGAGGCAAUAGAAAACUUGGUAAAUCGCAAAAUCAUCCAAUGUUUGGAGUGUAUUCAUCAAGUGCUCGCGAUGAUAUGUGUCACUGUGGUAGUGAUGAAAGUUUUUUUCAAGAUAAUCCUUCAAGUGAGGAUGACUCCAACUCCAGUGAUGGUGGCAACAGUGAAGAAUACUGGGAAUGCUGUGACUGCCAGGCUAGUUCGGAACCCAAUACUCAGAAUUCUGGUUGUGCUGCCUCAGUAAUGUCUCGCAAGAAGUAG